UAAUAGUAGUAGUCGUAGUGGUGAUGGAGAUGGUAAUAGUAGUGGUGGUAGUCAUAGUUGUGGUAGUGGUGGUACAAAAUAAAAAAGUAAUAUAUAGGGGAUCUAGGUUGGAGUGGCCCAGAUAUGUACACUCAUAUUGAUUUUAAAUUAAAAAAAAGAUAUAUCAAAUAACCACGCAGGUAUGUUUUAAACAUGUGCAGCAAACAGGCGUGACAAAAUUGCACACAUCUUCUUCCAUAGUAUCCGCCCUUAACUAUUCUGGUAAUAAUACUAUUACUGGACGUCCUUAAAAACAACAACACAAAGGAAAAGAAACACCCCACCCUUGCAGCCAUUAUGUACAGACCUAGUAUCUACCACUUUGGGUCCGCCUAACGUUGUAAUAUGCCUCUUACUUCACCGUUCCACCAGCCAAGUGGAGCUAAUAUAAGUCGUGCCUAAAAGAGAAAUAUUCUCUGUAAAUAAUCAGUUAGAUAACGAUAUACAGAUCAGGUUUGAUAUGUUACCACUCCCCCGGUAGUAAACUCUUGGUCACGUGACGUCGCUCCUCGAGCGCGCCAAUUACUGGCUGUAACUGUAUCCCAGCUCCGAGUCUGGUGGUGUACAAACCUUUAGACUGCGCAAGGCACAGAACGUUUUAAAACACACAAAAAUGGAUGGAUUAUUAACUUCAAGAAUACUGUUCGUUGCGCUGGGAUGUAUGCUAUUUUUUAACAAAGUGUUGGCGGAAGACAUAGAAUGUACUGGUCAAUGGACGAAGGUGCACCGAGGCUGCUACAAGUUUGACACGGAGAAGAAGACGUGGGAUGAAGCUAAAGCGGCAUGUCAAGAAGAUGGCGGAGAUUUGACCUCUAUCGCAUCUAUGGCUGAAAGGAGGCGCGUAUUCAAAGAAUUGGACAAACAGAAGAAAGUGCUUUCAAAACUGCAAAAAGUGAUAACCUCGGACGGCCUUCUCACAUGGUGGGUGGGGCUUAGGAGAGGUACGGGCGCAUGGACGUGGGAAGAUGGCACCGAACACAGUGAUAGAAUCGUACAAUGGGCACCAGGAGAACCAAAUAACCGAAGAGGAAAAGAGCACUGCGUAGAGCUGAAGUUUGACGGCAAACUGAACGACAAGAACUGCCAAGAACUGAGGCCAUUCAUUUGUGAAAAAUAUAAACUAACCACCAGACCACCACUUGAGACGACGGCUCCGGCAGUGACAGCAACACCUACGACAACGCCUGCAGUAACUCUGGGUACGACAACAGUGAAGAACACAUCACCAACAGAGCACCACACAACCCAGGCAACAACUACAUCAAAACCGGCGACAACGGCGACACAGACCUUGAAAACAUCAACUACGACGACACAGACUCUGAAAACAUCAACUACGACGACGCCAAUGACUACACGUAGAGAUUCCAAGUCCAGGGCUAGAACCACAGUCAGCCUUUUGACAAGCACCACGUGGGAAGAGAGACUUUCGCCAUUUUUAGGAUGUUAUCAAAUCGAUAGUUCUAACUUCUUGAAUUACGACCCAUCAGCUCCCAACUGUCCCAGAGUUCACGCGUUCAACCAGGACUGGCCCGAGACUCCCGUGCAUUCCUUGGCUGAAAUACCCUGCAGACAGGGGACAGGAACAACCACCUGGAGAUGCUGGUCUAAACCCACCUGUUGGCGUGGAGAACCAGAUUUCGCAGACUGUGCCUCACCGAAAUUCAACAGUCUACUACAAAAGGUGAAGGUCACUGAUGGUCCUACAGCGAGUCCAGAGGAGCAGGACAAGCAAAUGAUGGAUAUUUCUAAAAUUCUCGCUGAUGUCACAGAGGAUGACGUCACAGCAGAGGAUGUAAUGGUAACCACUAAGGUCAUCUCCAGUUUUUCCGCUUCCGCUGGCAGUGAGGCAAAAAGUAGCGACGUGAAAACAGUUAAAAGCAUAGUGAUGAACAUCGUGAAAGCCGGCAGCAACCUCGUGUCUGAGGAAAAACAGGACACCUGGCGGGAGAUGUCGAGUAAUGACAAAGUGCGAUCUGCUUCAGCUCUGCUGAACGCCAUGGAAACGGCCACCAUGACGAUGGUUAAUAACAUAGCUGAACCAACAAACUUUUCUAGAAAAGACGACAACAUCGAUUUGAAGAUUGAAGUUGUGGAUGUAUCAGGCUCAGACGUAAAGAAGGUCGUUUACAAUGAGGAAUCAUUACAAAACACGGUGUCCAUUCCAAUAGCCUCUCUCAAAAACGCCAGCAAAGACGGUUUGGCUAAAGUUGUCUUUAUGACACAUUACAAGAUGGCCGAUCUGCUGGACGAUUCGACACCGUCUGGAGACAAGGAUUCCACGAAACCCAACAAGAUUGCGAGUUCGAUCCUCAGCAUAUCACUGGGCACUGAAAGAAUCAAACUGGUGGAACCUGUCACUUUUACCAUGAGGCUGGUCAAGAAAUUACCGCCUAAAAUGAUGCCACUCUGUUCUUUCUGGGAUAUGGAAGAUUACCCCGGAAGUUGGUCUCAAGAAGGCUGCCAGUUGGCUCAUGGGAACAGCACACACGUGACCUGUCAGUCCGACCACCUCACCAACUUCGCUAUUCUCAUGGACGUGCAGGGGAUCAAGAUGCACGUGGUGCACUCAGCCAUCCUGCAGUUCAUCACACUGGUCGGCUGUGUCAUAUCGAUGAUCUGUCUCUUCGUCUGCUGGCUCACAUUCCAGUGUCUGGGGAGUAUUCAAGGAGAACGCAACAGUAUCCACAAGAACCUAGUGGUUUGCCUGUUCUUCGCCGAGGUUCUGUUUCUUACUGGCAUCAACAGGACAGAGAAUCAGCUGGCGUGCACGCUGAUAGCCGCCGUCCUGCACUACUUCUUCCUGUGUAUGUUCACGUGGAUGCUGAUUGAGGGGCUGCACAUGGUGUUCAUGCUCACGCAGGUGUUCGACGCUGCCAAGUCAAGACUUCCGUACUACUACAUGGUCGCUUACGGUGGCCCCGCCGCAGUGGUAGCUGUGUCUGCUGGGGCGUACCACCAGGGAUACGGGACGGAGUUAUACUGUUGGUUGACAACAGAACACUACUUCAUAUGGAGUUUCGCGGGUCCUGUUGCGGUCAUACUCCUGGCGAACGCUGUUAUCCUGGUCUACACCAUGAGCAUGGUGUGUCGUCAUUCGGAAUACGUCAUGAACACCAAGGAGAAGGACUCGGCCAACUUUCGGACGUGGGUGCAGGGUGCGCUGUCGAUGGAGGUGAUGCUGGGUCUGACGUGGAUCUUCGGCUACUUCUAUAUCAGCCAGGCCACGGUGGCGCUCGCCUACAUCUUCACCGUCCUCAACAGUCUGCAGGGACUCCUCAUCUUCUGCUUCCACUGUCUCCUCAACAGGAAGGUGAUGAAAGAAUACAGACGGAUAUUCCACAUCCGGAAGCGAAAGCCAGCCUCGUCUACUCAAUCACAAUCAUUGGUUAGGAAACAUUCUGGAUCAUACGAGGUCUCGGGAAGGUCGCACGAAACAAAUUGUUGACAUUUACCAUUAAUGUGUCAACACUCUCUACUCAUUUAUGUUAACGUGAGAUGGUUUACUGUGGGCUAACAUUCACCCUACAAAUGCUGACUUUUUCAUUAGUUAAAAUCUAUUGUUGAUCUCACAAAAUCACAAACAGACCAACAAGAAUGUCUCUCAUAUUGCAUCAUGAUCUGCUAACUGAAACUGCCAUUUUUCUCACUACCAAUAUCAUCGAGCAUUACAGAGCCUUGUGGGUGAAAGAGUAUCUGUGUCCUGCACUCAUCAAAUAAUAUCAGGGAUUUUCACUGUGUCUGGUCUAAGUCGGGAGAAUAGGCAGAAGGACAUGUUCAGCAAACCUACUGACAUAGCUGUCUUGGGCCUACUAUCAUAUGGGUAGUUGGUGCCGUGUUUACACAAAAUCAAGACCAUUGCUCUGAGUACUACGAGAUUCAUCAGGGAAAAAGCCACAAUGACAUUUACUUCUGGAACAGUAUAAUAUCUCCCUUCCCCACUCACGGAAUGAAAAAACAAAUCCCCUGUCAAUAGAUGCGAUUGACAUAGUAUUGACUUUGCUCGAAGAGUUGACCUCGAUAGGUGUCUUGCUUCAUCAUCAGUACUGUUGCUUCUUUCUUCAGUGUUUAUAUCUACUGGAUAUUCCACCAUAACAUAUAACCACAGUAUUGACCACAGGGAUGUCUGUAUUAUGAUAUCGCAGGAGAAGACACCCGAUGUGUGUGAUUCUUUACCGUGCUUGUGAGAGUACACAAUGUACUUAAUAGUGUUUGGGAUUUUAUCAUUGAUCAUUGGUUAUAAUUUCUUGCCUCUAACCGAUCAGCUCUCGAUUACACAAGCGGCUAGAAUUGUGUAAACUUAAAAAGGAUUUGAAUUAUAAGAAAUAUACAUCAGCAUAGACCCUACAAACUGCUAAUAUUACCUUUAAUAACUAAUAUUUUUGUGUAUGUCCAUAUGAAAACAACCAACUAAUAUACAUCUAUUCCUUCAUCUAAACUGGAGGAACAAUUAUUGUUAAAAUGUUCCCAUAUAAUCGAUUGUGGAUUUAUAUAAUCGAUCAUGAAAUUGGUAGAGCCAAACGGAUCAAUUUUCGAUUACAAUCGAUCAGUGUAACAUCACUAGCAGUGAACACUCAUUGUCAACCUUAGUUAUGCGGAUUACAGUUCAGUAUUUACCAGUCGGUAUCACUAUCUCAUACAUGCACACCAAUUGUCACUAGCACGUCAGUGUAUAAAUAUGUACAGACCUUAACCCAGUACUGUUUGAAUGUAAGUACCGAAUACAGUAUUAUUAAUAGUAUGACGACCGGCCAAAAUAUCACGAAUGGGGGACAUGUGUGGCAAUGGACGACACAAAACCUCAGCUAUAUUCCUAAUUGCUAAGCAUGAAAUACACAAAUUGAAAGUGUUUUGUUCACUGAUAUGUUAAUGGUGUUAUUGCCAUAAUUGGGAUGUGCCUUCUGUUCGUAUUCUGUGUUGUAGUCCUAGUGUAUACCUUUAAAUAUCCCUACGCACAAAUCUAGUCACAUAAGUGUUUAUUGUAUGUCUCGUGUAUAUAAUUAAUGUCUGUUAACGUUUAUUCUAAAAUACGCAUUAUUGGCAUCACAUCAUACUGAAAGUUAAAGUGUGUUUUGUUUAACGACACCACUAGUAAUCAUCUUGAGAGGAAACCAGCUACAUUUUUCCAUUAGCAGAUAGGGAUCUUUUAUAUGAAUUUUUCCCCAUAGACAGGACAGCACAUACCACCACAAUAGGUUGGCAUUUAAGUUAUUAAACAAAAUGACCAAGGUGUUUAACGCAUUCAUACCUGUAUGCAAGUCAGCUAUAAAAUACAUACAAAUGCAACGUGUCAAUGUGUAGGAUUCAAAUCUAAUUCGUCGAUUCGCAUUAUACUUGACAGUCCACGGUUUGAACCCAAUGGUCAUCAAAUAUACGAGAUUAAUAUUAAUGGCAACAUACUAAGAACACUCUACAUAUAUGUGUGGUUUCACGGUAAUCUGUGUUCUUUUGAGUUUAUUGACUAGAACAAACGCUUACAGUCCUUAAUGCGAAUAUAUUCGUGUCAUUAUUCAUAUUAUAUACACAGAAAUCCUGUUUUAAAAUCAGGAACAAAAACAUCGUGUCUGUAGCCUUUCUUUGCUCGACUUCUACUAUCUACUUCUUCUAGUCUCUGUUACAUUCCAUUCGUUCAAAUGUUCAUAUAUCUGAAUACAGUGUAAUUAGAAAUGUAGUUUCAUUACGUGAAAGAAUAUGGAUGUCGAUAUUUAGUCAAUAUCAACAACACAUUUACUUCACUUAGUAUUUGGUUUUUCUAUGACAUAGAACUGCUUCACGGGGGAUGGGGAGAGGCACAUAAAAUUAAAGGGAUGUUCCUGACUGACUGCGCUGCCAUGGUAACAUGCUCUCUACUAACAGAGCUUUUCAAGGAUUUUAAAAUGAUAUGGUAUUUUCAUUUUCAAUAAUAAUAUUAGCGCAUAGGCACACCUGUUGAGUUCACAUUGUCCUCAUGUUUGUACAAGCUCAUAAUGGAUUUGGCAUUCUAAUUUUUUCAAAUGUGUAUGAAUAUGAAUAUAUAUAUAUACUCUUCAAAAAAAAGUAAGGGAACUCUAAUAAGAAUUUACAAUUGCCAAAAUUGUAAGGUAUAUUAGCUGUGGGGAAUGGUUAUACGAUAAUAGUGAAUUAAUU